AUGGAGCCGGCGGUUCCCGUCCCCGCUACGGUCCCCGGGUCUCCGCCGCCACCAUCAUCCCCGCGCUCCCAGCGGGGCUGCUGGCCUUCUCCCACGGUGGCCGAGGGGGCGGCGGGAAGCCGAGGCCCCACGCACAGAAGUGACAAGUGUUUUCCUUCAGCGAGCGUGUGGAUGCUGCUUCCCGGGACCUACACCGAGCCGGCCACCCGUGCCGGCGUCCCGAGCCCCAGCAGCGUGGAAGAGGCUGAACUGAGCCCCGCUGCGCCAACGGCUGCGGGAGCUGCGGGUACCCCGGCGCCGGGCCACCCCAGCCCGGGGCCUGCUCCGCCCGACGCUCCCUGCGCCGCCCCACCUGGCCCCGGGCGCGCUCACCCUGGAUCCGCUGGCUGCCUCAUCCUACUGCGCCGGCGACCGUGCUCCGCGGCCGCCGCGGCUCCGGCUCGGGCUCUGGCUGGGGCCGCCGUGCUGCCGCCCGCCCGCCCCCGGGCACCGGCCGCCCCGCCCCGCCGGCAGACCCGCCCCGCGGCCGCGGCCCCCACCACCAACCACAGGGCGGAGGGGGCGGAGUCAGCCGCGCACCAGACACGACCAAUCCAGCCUGUGCCGCGCGCCUGCGAGAGGCCGCGGGGAUCGGCCGGCGACUGGUCAGGGCUGUUAAAGGAGCUGCGGCGCUUUGGACGAGAGCGAAGGGGCAGCCCCAAGGCCCUAGAGUCCCAGACACCUGUGUGA